CAUGAUGCUUUAAUUCAACAUUUAACUACACAAGAUCAUAAAAAAAGUAAACUGAUUUUAGAUAAUCAAACAAUUGAUUAUAGAUUUAAAUAUGUAAUAUCAAAAGACAAAUUAGAUAUUAUUCAAAUUAUGCAACAUGUUUAUUUUUUAGCUAAACAUCAUUAUGCUACUCACAGAUUAAAAGAUUUAAAAAACCUAAGCACUCAGCAAUUUAAUAAAGCAAAAAAUGAAGCUUUAUUUGGACCUUUUGUUGGUUUAAAGAAAGUACAAUCAAUUAUGGAUCCACCUAAUUUAGUAUGUUCAGAAUAUGGUUCAUAUGAUAAUGAUGUUUCUGCACGAGAAUUUUUAGAAGCAAUUUCAUUUGUUAUUGAAGAAAGUUUAAGUAAUGAAAUUCAAAACUCACCAUAUUGGAGCAUUAUUCAAUUAGAUGAUGCAGCUGCACAAUCAAUUGUUAAUAAUAUUAAUCGUUUUUUAAUGGCAAAAAAACUUGAUAUAAGCAAUAUGUAUCAUAUAGGAAGUGGCGGGGCUAGUACAAUGAUUGGCAAAAAAAAUGGUGUUGCAACUAUUUUUAAAAAGCAAAAUCCUUUUCUUUUAGAACACAAUUGUAUUGCUCAUAGAUUAGCUUUGGCAGCCAAAGAUGCUGCUGAAAAAGUUCCUUAUUUUGAAAAUUAUAAUUCUAUUGUUAAUAAUUUAUAUUCUUAUUUUAGUUUUUCUUAUAAACAAAUGAUUAAUCUUCAAUUAGUAGAACAAACAAUAGAUGAUCCAAAUUUAGUUCUUCUUUCAGACUAUGUUACUAUUUCUGAAAUUUAUAUGCAUUUAAAUGCAACUAUUAAUUCAAUUACUACUCAAUAUAUUGGUUAUAAUGGAAUUCCACCAAACUAUGGAAACUUUUUAAGAGAAUAUAUUGAUGAACAAAAUAUAUUAAUUGAAGAACUUCCUGAUUUUAUUUUACAAUUUGCAGUUGCAACUAAAGCACUUUUUGAUUUUUCUAAUUUUUCUACUCAAUUUCCAAAUAUUAAAAAACUUGCAUCAAUUUUUUUAAUUACACCUCUUUCUAAUGCUGUAGUUGAAAAAGUUUUUUCUCACCAAAAUUUAAUCAAAACUAAAUCUCAAAAUCGACUUAAUGUUUCUACUUUGCAUAUGCUACUUUUAAUUUCACUUAAUGGGCCAGAAAGUACAAUUUUUGAUUGGAAAAGAGCAUAUAAUUACUGGAUAACAAAAGAUUGGUGUAUUUGA